AUGCCAGUUUCGUGUUGCAGAUGUCAGUCAAAGGGUUAUAUUAAACGCCCGAAAACCAGUGAUAUUAUGUGUAAAGAAUGCUUUUCUUGGUGUUUCGAAGAAGAAAUACAUUGGACAAUUGUAAAUGCCAAGCUUAUUAGUCGUGGUGAUAAAAUUGCUAUUGGUGCCUCUGGUGGUAAAGAUUCUACCGUAUUAGCUUACAUACUAAACUUAUUAAAUAAAAGAUAUGAUUAUGGAGCGGAAUUGCUUCUUUUAUCUAUUGAUGAAGGUAUAAGUGGAUAUAGAGAUGACUCAUUAAUGACUGUUCAGCGAAAUCAGAUCCAAUAUGGACUUCCGUUAAAAAUUCUUUCUUAUCAGGAUUUGUAUGGAUGGUCAAUGGAUGAUAUUGUGAAGCAUAUUGGGAAUAAACGAAAUUGUACUUACUGUGGGAUAUUUCGCCGCCAGGCUUUGGACAAAGGUGCACUACUUCUUGGAGCUAACAAAAUAUGUACUGGUCAUAACGCUGAUGAUAUUGCAGAGACAGUGUUAAUGAAUAUUCUACGAGGUGAUAUUGGUCGAUUAAAACGAUGUACAGCUAUAAUGACAGGUACAGAUGAUAUACUUCCUCGUUUUAAACCUUUUAAAUAUGCUUACGAAAAGGAGAUUGUCAUGUAUGCACAUAUGCAUAAAUUGGAUUAUUUUUCAACUGAAUGUAAAUACGCACCACAAGCUUAUCGAGGCCAUGUAAGAGCGUUUAUCAAGGAUUUGGAGAGAAUACGACCUAGGACUAUCAUAGAUAUUAUAGCAUCCGGUGAACGUAUGGCUAUUCGAAGUGAUGUAAAGAUGCCUCAGAAAAGUACUUGUGAAAAGUGUGGAUGCAUUUCAAGUCAGCUUAUAUGUCAGGCAUGCAUUCUCCUAGAACAGCUUAAUUCCGGUUUACCACAGAUAACCAUAAAAGAUACCGAACAGCGUUCUCAAAUUGACUAG